CCCGGAACCAAAAUAAACCGGAUAUUUUGCUACUAGCAAGUAGCUGUCCGGCUACAUUAUCAACAUGGGGAAGUCUUUUGCUAAUUUUAUGUGCAAAAAGGAUUUCCAUCCUGCAUCUAAAUCAAAUAUUAAGAAGGUAUGGAUAGCAGAACAGAAACUCACCUUCGAGAAGAAGAAGCAAGAGGACCUGAUGCAGGCCUACAUGAAGGAGCAGGACACCUUCAACAACAGGCUAUUGAUGGGCGAUGAUCGAGUGAAGAAUGGCCUCAACUUUAUGUAUGAAGCACCCCCAGGGGCAUCUAAAGAGGAGACAAAGGAGGAAGGGGAAGGGGAAUCGGAAUACAAGUUUGAAUGGCAGAAAACCGCUCCUCGUGAAAAAUAUGCAAAGGAUGACAUGAACAUCAGGGAUCAACCUUUUGGCAUUCAGGUGCGCAAUGUCCGCUGCAUUAAAUGCCACAAAUGGGGCCAUGUGAACACGGACAGGGAGUGUCCCCUCUUUGGCCUCUCUGGGAUCAAUGCCAGCGCAGCACCCACUGAGGAAGCAGGUCCGUCGAUGCACCCCUCCGAGUUAAUAGCAGAGAUGAGAAACAGUGGCUUUGCGCUGAAGAAAUGUGUCCUUGGGAGAAACGCCACUGUUUGUGAUCUGGGCCAGGAUAUCGUGGGGAGUGAGGAGGAAGAGGAUCCCGAGGUGGAGUUUCUCAAAUCCUUGACCACCAAGGAAAAACAGAAGUUACUCAGGAAACUGGAUCGUCUGGAAAAGAAAAAGAAGAAGAAGAAGGGCAAAAAGCAGAAGAAGAGCAAGAAAAGCAAGGGCAAAGGCAAGAAGAAGAAGGAGUCCAGCUCCAGUGAGAACUCCUCCUCGGACAGCGACAGUAGUAGCAGCAGCAGCAGCAGCAGUGACAGCGACUCUGAGGACGAGGCCAAGUCCCACAGCAAGAAGAGAAAGAAGGAGAAGAAGGAGAAGGACAAGAAAAAGAAGAAGAAGGAGAAGCAGCAGAAGAAGAAGAAGUCCUCCAGCAGCAGCAGCAGCAGCAGCAGUGACUCUGACAGUGAGGCGGAGGACAGAGGCAAGGGAAAGAAGAGCCAGGGGGGCAGGAGGUCAGACAGCCCCACGUCCAGCCAGCGAAGGCACCCAGAUGGCCCCGCUCAAGACUGUCAGGAGCGGGACAGGAGACGGCACAGCAGCCCACACAGAGGAGGCCCCGAGGGGAGCAGGAGACACCAGAGCCCACAAAGAGGAGGCCCUGACAGAGCCAGGAGCAGCAGCAGCAGCAGAGACAGACAGCCGCAGGGCAGAGGUGGUAGGAGAGAGAGGAGCAGGAGCACUGGUCGGGACGGCCGAAGGAGAGAGGGGGAGCAGAAACGCAGCAGGAGCAGAAACAGAGAGGUGGGCAGAGAACGCACCAACAGACAUAGAAGCCGCAGCCGUAGCCGGGAGCGAGGGAGAGGGAGGUCUGGGAGGGAGAGAAGUAGGAGUAGAAGCCCCGGAGACAGAGGGAUGGGGAGGAGGAUGGAGAAGGACAGAGCCAGGAGCAGAAGCCGAGACAAGGGAAGGGAAGGGGCCAGGGCAGUGAGGAGUAGGAGUCGCAGUAGGAAUGAUGGGAGGAAUAAGAGGGACAGCAGCAGAGAAAGAGAGGAGAGGAAACACAGGAGCUGACUUGUCUAGCCUGCCGUCAGAGGAGAGACUGUCUCUAUUCAACAGUCUAAUACACAUUAGCGUACGGUCAGCUCUGCUGUCAUCUCUUGCUUGGACUUAAUCAUUUGAACACUUUAGUCUUCUUUUUGCUUCAACUGUGUGUUUUUUCCUUGAUGAAAAAACAAUGAUUUUUACUGUGUUAUUGAAAAGGUUUUGGAAAGGUUUUUUAAAAUGUAUUUUUUAAGUUAGGACUUAAAGUUGUCACCGACUGAUUAUCAAUCAUCUCCAGUUCACGUGUAAUAUGUUUUCAUUCUUAUUUCUUAUUUCUGCGUCAGGAAAAAAUAGUGGUCCACACGAGGGCGUUAGCGGACCACUACUGUGUGUAAUGUGGAACGAAAUUGAUUAAACGCUUUUAUGGGUCACUGGUCCAACUUCCUCUA